AUGUCAACCACUCUUCUUCUUCGGAGUCCGAGUUCUCUGGUGGUUCUUCUGGUUCUCAUUCUGAUGUCGUUCACCGAGGAGGUGAUUAUUCCGAUCGUAUGGACGUUGAUGUUGAGGGUACGCCCGAAAACACUCGUACUGAUCAAGGAUGCAGCCACGAUCGCUAUUCUUUCUAAGACUGGAACUGAAUUGAUGACCAAACUUGCUACUAAUCCUUUGGAGUACAAGGUACAUUUGGACGCCAACUCGACUGCUUUGGAGUAUUUACACAAGAGAACUGCGAAUGAUUGUGCCUCGUUGAUUUCUUUGAGAAACGAAGAAACCAAUUUACUCGAGGUAACCUCCCGUACUGACAAGCUAACAAUCAAGAAGUCAAGAAAGGAACUGGAUCAUACUGCGAUCAACCCCAAGGACCUCCCUCCUUUUAACGUUCGACUCACCAAGGCUCGUAAGGCUGCUCAUAUCGAGAAUGGCAAUGAAGACUACUUGUUGGAAACGUUCGUUAUUUCUUUCGAGAGAGUAUACAAGAAUGCGAAUGUCGAUGUACAGAAGCACAGUGCCAACAAGAAGCCUACAGAGACUAAGGCUGUCAAGAUUUUACAAGAACGAUUUGUGAUCUACUCCGAUAAGGGUAUUCAAAAAGACAAUGAAGAACUUUUCGAAAAUGGUGCGAUCAAGGACGGUGAAAAUCUGGCUGCCUAUAUGUUCAGCUUCGGUAUCUUGGAGAUUACCUGUAACGUUUUAACCAAGAACAACUACCUGUACACGGCUUGUUUCAUCUGGAACCUCAAGAAAGAAAAACUUAAGACUAAGGUGAUUAACGCUAUGUCCGAGUACGUGAACCUGUCCAACAAGGAUACAAGCAUCCAUGCCCCGUGUAAUGAUGAAGCUUUCUGCGACUUCUACUCUGACUUUGAAAACGAAAGACAAGCUAUCACAAGGAAAAUAGCCCUAUUGGAACAAUGCUUGGAAGACGAAAGAAAAAAAGGUAACGCUAGUUCUUCGUCUGGUUUGUCCUCUGAGAAGUCAAAGAAAAGAAAAGCUGUCAAUGGUGCUAGUGUCACCCCCACUUGGUCAAGCCCUUCUUCUUCUGCCGCUGCUGCUGCUGCUACCCCUGCAUCUUCUUCGAGUGGUCCUCCAAGGGAAAUCAACUUUGACUUGGUCCGCCUUGAUUUGGUGUAA